AUGCCAGCGACCAAGGCUAUUGUAAAGAGCGCCGACAUGGCAGAAGAACAACAGCAGAGCGCGGUAGAUCUCGCAGCGGAGGCCCUAGCAAAGCAUGGGCUUGAGAAGGACAUCGCUGCUUUCAUCAAGAAGGAGUUUGAUAAGCAGUUCGGUCCGACUUGGCACUGUAUUGUUGGGAAGAAUUUUGGAAGGUUGGUUUGGCAACUAUACUUGUCAUAGUCAAUUUCUGUAUACUUUUUAUGCCACUUCUGAGACUACUUGAGAAGUCUCCCUUCCGUCCUUUUACAAACGGCUACUUUUAUGUCUACCGUGGGUACAGCAGAGAAAUAGGAAAUACAAAAUUAGUAGUGUCAACGCUGCCUGCACAGGGAUGCCAGCCAGAAAGCAAGGACUGAUAAGGUUGAUUUUGAACAUAUCAGGCCUCGAAUCGUUGUCGGUGAGCGUUCAUUUGGAUUGCUUUAAACUAAUGUGACCUCCAGUGAGUUCAUUUUGAGUGCGUGGUGGGAACUUGGGUAGUGUGGUGUGAACAGUUCACUACUCGGGUUACCUCGUUAAUGUCAUCUUCAAUUUUAUCAGCGAGAAGGACAGUGACAAAACUUUCCAGGGAAGAUAAAUGUCGCCUUAACUUCCAUUGCCAUGAUUUAGUUGUAUGGCAUACAGACUGAAGCGGAAUCAAGUGGGAGUCGCGUUCGAAAGUACACUCUGACAUCCGAAGGGAAUAGAAGUCCAGUCCGCUGUCUUUGAUCUUGGUGGGAUCGGAUAUUCCCCCUCGCAGCCGACAGAAUGGCGGCACGACGGCGCAAGUGUCCAGGAGGUUCCAAUGAAAUGCCUCAUGACUCACUCCAGACGGGCCUCAGAGCUCGGGUGCUGCAGCACCUGAGGAUGGGUUUCACUGGCCAAUAAUGGCAACUUUGCCAGAAACAUCACUCCUAAUAUUAUUGCCUUUGUGAAAAAUAGUUGCGGAUGUAAGUGGGCGCUUUUAAUGAGAUUUAUUUUAUUUAGGCGAAUUUUAAUUAGCUUUGUCUAAAAGCGUCUGUGGAAAUCUGCAUUUCAAGGCAAGUCCUGAGGAAAAAUCUUUGCUCCCUUUCCAGGGGAGUAUAUAGAAAACAUUUGAGUUACUGGCUUGUUUUCCGUCAUCUUCUUAGAACGCAAUGCAUAUCAUGGCGUAAGUAAAGUGUUAGUCUGGGUUUUAAGUAGUUCACACAUAGUAGGCGAAAGAUUCGAAAUUUCGGUGCGUGCAAUUGGUUAAACAAAUUUUAUUAUCAUUAACAUCAUGUGGAUAGGGUUACCUUUUUGUUGACACUGGGUACUACACGAGCAAGGCACUUUACAUAACCUGAUCGCGAGUUCACGCAUGGCUCUCAUAGAAAGCCCCACUGAUCAAAGGUCAAUUCACACCGUGUUUGUCAAAACCUGGGAAGAUGUCAAAAGAGCCUCAUUUAUCCGUCCACCGUAAAGAACAUCCCUUUAUUAAAUUUGAGACAUAUGUUGGUGAAUCCACCAAUAUUUUGUUUCAGUCGCACAUCAUUAGAAUGUCACUGACAAACUAUACAAAUAAUAACCUGACUUUCCUGCGAUCCACCCAAUCAGUGAACUCCACACUUAUUGGCCGCCCGCUAGGUAUCUUAUCUUGUUACAACGAACGGAGGUCGAUUUGGCGCAUACCAAACUUCGACUUGGGGAGCUCUUUUGUAGAAGCAGUUAAAUUUCGCUCAGCAAUUGGAAGUUUUUGUUCCAGAAAGACAACCUACGAAGCUAGAAUUGACCCCUAGAGGCGAUGUACAAAGUGGUUGAAAUCUCGAAUAGCUUCCUCGACCAUCCACUCAAAAGUCCUACAACAUAAGAGAAUCAAACAGGAUUUUAAGAACUCUUCCAAGUCUAUCGAUUUUGCCUUGAUCAGUUUCUGCCCAUUUUCCUUUGUUGAACGAUUUACCAUGCUGACAGCACAGGUACUAGCUAAAAGUCCAGACACCUGUUUUACUGAUAUUCUGCUGAUGAAUGACACUACCGAGAGGGGUUCGAAAUAUCAGUGAGUCUUGCAGUGUUCCCUUUAUGCUCUUCUGGUAGAUAUUCUAGUUUUGAAAUUGUGGCUUUUCAACUUUCCCAUAAGUUACUGAGCUAACCUGCAACAAAACAUUUAGAUUAAAACUUGAAAGACUCGGUCCCUUGUCUUGAUUUCGUGUUGCUGACUAAUUUGGGCCUUACUGAAGAUGAUGAGGAUGAGGCUGGUGGUGGUGGUGGUGGUGGUGGUGGUGGUGGUGGUGGUGGUGGUGGUGGUGGUGGUGCCAGUGGUGGUGCCAGUGGUGGUGCCAGUGGUGGUGCCAGUGGUGGUGACUCGCCUGCAGGUUCAUUCAGACGGUUGAGAACGAUCGAUGCAAGCUCUGGACUAACUGUUCGAGUGGGUGGCUCAUCGGCUUUCCCGACGAGUAUGAUGUUUUUGAGGUCAUUUUCGGUCGACCUCAUUACAGUCUGCGCCAACCUCAAAACAAUCAGCUUAUUCUGAGCUUUGCGAAGACAAGGUCUGAUUAAGCUUGUGUGCCGGUAGCUAAACUGGAAUUUCAGCAUCACGCCUCUAGUUCAGACCUUUUGAUUUUCAUACUGUUUUGACACAUAUGAUUGUUUCUCGUUAGUUGAAAGCGUAAUCAGUCUCUCCUGUAGAUUGCUCUUCAUGAGAACUGGAAUUCAGUUCCCGUGUUGCAAUUUUGUUGUCUGCUUAUCUGUGUUCUAAGAAGAUUCUGCCUAAUCCGUCUCAUCAAACUCCUGUCCAAAUCCACCAGAACUUACGUAGGUGUAAACUGCAGUAAUCGACCUCGAAAUGUGCCACAGAGGCCCUACAAUUCAUUAUGGAGACGCCAGAAGGUUUAACGGGGGAGAUAAUGCUGGCGGACUUGGCUAACGUGUCUGUAGGUGGUUAAUGACCUGCGCGUUUCCCGUUGGCAGGGCAACUGUUCAUUUCUUUUUUCAGGCCGUCACUAGGUCUUAUUUAUUCCCGCGGUCUUAAUACAAGUGAAAUGAAUGCAAAAACCGAGUGCUCGACAAGGCCACACUUCAGUCUAUGUUUUCGUCGAGAGUUUCUUCUUGAUUGUUAGUCUAACGUUGCUCUAAAAGCAGGCAGCAACUAAGAGCUCGGUCACAGUAUUUGCUGAUUUCCCGUUGUUGCAUGGUGAAAAUAGGAAAGAGUCGGUUCAUCAGUUGAUCUCCCUGCGUAGUCCGUUUGGUUUUAAGCACUUAGCCACUCCAUUUCUCCAGUGCUACGUUUUUGGGCUGAACACAAGAAUAUGGACCAUCCCCUCCCAACACUAACCCCUUGAAUUCCACUUAGAGCUAUUCGCUAUACGGCGAUCACAUUCUUGAGCCCUACCCAAUGUGCGGAUUCGGCCCAAACAUUGGUGCCGAUCAUUGAGCCGAAGCAAAUUAACUUCAGUGGCAGCGUUCUAACUUGCUUGAGGCGCAUUGUUGGCUUAAUGCGGCUGUUUAUCUCCAUCCUCUUUUUAGUAGACAAAACAGUGCCGAAUAAAUAUAACUGUGAGCCCCUAUGCAUCGUAAAUGCAGGGCAUCUAGUUAACGAUGGCGCAUGCCCCCUGGGUUAUUUUGCUGAUUGCUAAACGUCCGAUUUAGAAAUUUCAAUAACUGCUAAUUUUGAAGUUUCUGAUGCCAGAAAUGCAUUUAAAAUCAGAAAACUUCGGGCUGUGCUUAGUUUUCUAUUGCAAAAGCCAGAAACUGACCGCUUGCAGUCUCCUGUUGCGCUUUUGACCACGUCAUUUGCAUUGAACUUCGUCCAUAGUUUAUUAAAAAGGUCUGACUCCUUUGACGUUAAACCCUGCUGUAGGCUCAAUGGCACUGAGUACUAAAACUGUUCCCACCAUUGUCGCCUCCAUAAAGUCUAGGCGUUCUAAUCUUUCCGUCGAUAGUAUAGACAAGCAAUCUAGAGAUAUAAUAUUUUUACGGGGAUCCCAUCCUCCACUCCGGUUUGGGAGGUCCUCCUUUACGUUGUCAUUCAACGACAGCUGAGGAGUGUUCGCAUGGAUGAAACAAAGAUUGGACAUUAUGUCAUGGGCUAUCUCAGAACUGGUCGGAAACACUCGAGUGAAGACAGACUAAAGAGAUUUCAGCCGGCCAGUCCCUAUGUACUCUGAGAUAAUAUCGUCUGGUCUGACAUCGAAUUCAGGCGUUAACGGUGGAAACGGACGUAUGACACUGGUACUUGUAGAGACUGAUAAAAUCUAACUGAAAUUCUAAAAACAAAUCGAAAACUUGGUGCGAAAAGUUCUAAAUGAAAUGGGAAAGAAACGUGUGAAAAGCAUUGACAUGAUUUCAGUAGGUUAACAUGAAGGCAGGCGACGUAGUACUUCACCUGCAAACUUUAACGACACAGAGUACACAGGGGUCAAAUUGGCCUCAAAGUCAACCCGCAGUCUGUGGCAGAGGCGGCGAAGUGAAACUUGCUUAAAGUUCACGAAAACAAAGCGGGUUCAUGAGAUUGCAAGGUCGAGAGCAAGACAAUGCCUGCAAGUCCAAGCCAGUUCUGCAGUGCAUAGUGGUUGGGGGCAGAAAUGUCGUCCGCGUUGCCGUCGCCGUCGUCUCCUCCUCAGCAGGCUGAGACAUCAUCAGUCUUGCACACUGCAAUAGUAAAGCACUUUGACAUGGAUGAAGAGGGCGUCAGGAUCGCCACGCAAACAGCCGCCGAAUUAAUGGAGAGUGAAACUAGUCUGGUUACUCUGGCAGAGACCUUAAAGAAGAAGUUUGACGAGCUCUACGGUCCCCGGUGGCACUGUGUUGUUGGGAAACCUUUUGCCAGGUAA